AUGGAUCAGGAAGGUGAGAAUUCGGCGGCGGAUCCUAGGACAUGGAAUCGGAACCGUAAUGAUAUGACUUUCUUCGGAGAUUACGAUGAAGACGAUGACGAAGAUGAUGAGGAGGAGGAGGAAGAUGACAGGAACAUGGAUCUUCUGAUUGGGUUUGUUGAGAACGUGUUUAAGAAGAUAUCUAAGCGAGCUCGCAAAGCCGUUCGAUCUGUUCUUCCUAUCAAUAUCCCCACCAAAUUGGUACUGAUUUGCAUUUCUCAAGUUAUCAAUUUGAUCCAAUUCGUAGGUUUUAGCUGGUUUUUACUACAAUUGAGUUCAUAUUACUAA